AUGAAUGAAAUAAAUAAGAAAAACAAAAUUUUUCUUUCUCAAUGACGCCAAUAUACACAAAAUUUAUAAUCAAAGUCCAAUGGUAUUUUAUUUCAGCUACUUUGUUGUUGUGGUUAAGAUCUUGACUCACGAGACUUGUGGCUGUUUUUCGUUUUCGUUUUUUUUGUUGCUCAGCUUUGAUCAGUCCAAAUUUCAAAUUACAACCGUUCAAGUCCAACGCUCGAAUACCGAAAACCCGAGAAAACCCCCAAAAAAAAAUAUGUUUUGUCUGUUCUCCAGUUUUAUUGGUUCCUGGUUCACCAUAUCGUUCAUAUUGAUCAUCUAUAUUCUAUUGGCAAAACCUGGCCGAUUUUUACUUGAUCUCAAUCCCAUCUAUCUAAGGUUACCAUUACCCAAUGUUAAUGAUAAGAUAUUUAAUCGUAAUAAAAAAUCAUUCGAAGCAAUCAAAAUUGAAAAUGAUAAAAUUAUUACACCAAAAUCAUUGGCAUUAGAUCCAAAGGAUUCUAAUCGAUUAUAUAUCGGUUCCGCUACCGGUUAUGUAUAUUGUUUGCAGAAUAAAAACAUUGUUGAUACCAUAGCAAGUUUUUCUGAUGGUAGACCAUUAGGAAUACGAUUAUUUCGUCAGAAAUUAUAUUUUAUCGAAGCCAAUAGUGGACUUUAUGCAUAUGAUUUAGAUACAAAAUUGUUGACACAUUUAUUAGGACUUGAUAAGACAAAAUUCUUGGAUGGAAAACCUUCGAAAUUUUUCGAUGAUUUAGUUGUCGUCGAAGAGAACGACGAUAUUAUUGUUUAUAUUACUGAUGUUAGUCGAAAAUUUUCCAUCGAUAUGUGGUGUUAUACAUAUCUGGAACCGGAUUCUACUGGACGAAUAUUGCGAUACAGUACAAACAAUCAAAAUGUGACAACCAUUCUGGAAAAUCUUUGUUUUCCGAAUGGAAUUGAAAUUACUGACAAUAAUCAAUCAUUAUUAAUUUGUGAAUUGACCAAACGACGAAUCAUUGAAUUUCAAUUGAAUGGAACGGAAAAAGGUAAAUGUUCAGUGUUGAUGGAUAAUCUCCCUGGUGAACCGGAAAAUAUUCGUCGAACUAGUAAUAAAACCAAAGAAUCCUAUUGGGUAGGAUUAGCAUUGACACGUGAUUAUAAUAGUAAACUUUCAUUCAUGGAUGAUUAUUCGGAUGAGCCUAAUCUUCGAAAAUUGAUUCUAAGAUCAUGUUUUUUAUUAGGCACAAUUAUGCACAGUAUUGGUAAUUGUUUUGGCAGUGAAACUCUUAAGACAAAAGGAUCGAGCCUAAAAACUGGUAUAGCACUGAUUUUGGAUGAUUUUAUGAAAAAUCCGGGAAUGGCCAUCGAAAUUGAUCGUGAAUCAAAUGUUUUACUUAGUUUUCAAAUUAAAGACGAUAUAUCUGUGAUCUCGGAAAUCAACGAAUCCUAUGACGAUGAUAUGAAUGCAAGAAUCCUGUACACAACUUCAUCAGGUGGCAAUUUGAAUCGAAUAAUUUUGAAAGAAUAAUUAUUAUUAAUUAAUUAAUAAAUUAUUUAGCUAAAUUUUUCA